CUUUAUUAAACUUUUCAUUUUCUCCAUUCUCUCAUUCUCUCUCAUUCUCUCAUUCAUUCAUUGUUGCUUAACAACAUCACUGUCCUUUCUCUCCCUCUCUCAAGCAACUCACCCCCUGUACAAUACUCACAAAUUUACCAGCUAUGCCUGCUGAACGAACUAUGAAGCGUACAGCCUCUACUGCUGCCGCUGCUAAUGUCAAAGAAAAGAAACCGGAAGGAGCUAGUACCAAUAUGAAGAAGGCGCCUAGGCCUGCGGUCAUGGACGAUGAUGUUUGCACGGUGCAUCUCUAUCCAAACACUGCCAAAGAACGUGAAAAUGCAAUCAACAAACAUACUGGUCGAAAGAUAACACCUUUUCAGUUCCAAGUAUAUGACCUUUGUGCCCAGAUCCCUAAAGGUCAAAUCUCGACUUACAAGCAUAUUUCAGAUGCGCUGCAGUCGUCUUCACGAGCGGUAGGGCAGGCUCUCAAAGUGAAUCCAUUUGCUCCUCUUCCAAUCCCAUGUCAUCGUGUCCUUGACUCCAAAUUGUAUAUUGGUGGCUUCAUGGGUCAAUGGGGAGAAGGUGAAAAAAUUGACAACAAAAGAGCAAAGCUGUUUCAUGAGGGUAUUGUCUUUGAUGAGACUGAUCAUGUUGCUCAGGAGAUCAGAGAAAAGGUUAUUUUUACAGACUUUACAGUUCCAGAGAAAAGUACUAUAAAUGUAACUGCAGCUGUAGCUGUGACUACCACUCCUAUGUGUCUGUAG